AUGGUGACGAGUUGUCAGGUCUUGCUGCAACUGUUGCUCCUAGUGACGCUACUGCAUGAAUCAGUCGCGGAGAAUUUUGCAGACUUGACGAUUUCGUCACGAAUGGCUCAGCUUAUCAAUUCAGGCGUAGAGUCACCAAAGCUUCAGCUCAAUACAACGCUACCCGUUGAGGUGCAGUAUCUACUGAGUCAAAAGGGUCUAGUGUGGAAAGAGUUGGGAGGGACAAUGCAGCGAUUAAUGCUCUGGGACCAAGGCUAUGUCGUCACGAAUAAUAACACGACGCGCGAGAUCAAAGUACGCUGCAAUCUUGGGAUGGACGACGUGGUGGUUUUGCGGGAUGAGUUUGUGAGACUGCACAAUUGCUUGCCGACUGUGUGUGUCGACCCUGUGGGUUCUGGAACUUUGUGGAGAGGAACGGUCUGUGCUGGCAAUCAGAUCAAGCAGGUGGCUAAGUGUGCUGUUUUGGUGUCAGAGAGUGAAGCGACGGGAUCGUCUGUGGACGUGGAGACAAGGCUAGUCUGGUCCGAAGAGGGCUACAAUACGGAUGUUCCGAUGCCUAGGCUAUGUCGUCACUCUUUGGAUACUUUUGCAAUCACAAUGCAGACUCCUACUGGCGAUGGAACCUGUCCACACCAGCUUGCACUUGUUAUCCCUUGUACGACUGUUCAGUCCUCGGCAAAUAGCAGUGAAUGGUGCAAACCUCACAAGUCUGGUGUAUUGGCAGGUCUGCUACAGGAUCUCGCUGACUUGCGUCAAACAGAAGAGAUGACAGACACUGGUUCUACCGGAAUAAUAAUUGCCAUUUGUGUGGUAGCAUCUGCGGUCGCUAUGGUACUAUACGGACUUGGACUCGUUUGCGUUCGCCAUAUUCUUUUUGUUCGUAAACAACGGAAGCAAUGGAGUGCUAGAGUGGAUCUUAUUGAGAAGUCAGGUCUAGAGGGUUGCGCUUUUACACCCGAAGGCGCAUUCUUCGUGAACGCGAACUAUGGUAACGAUGCAAUAGGUCCGAUGUCGCUCGAGUUAUUUGAUUUUGAGGCUAAGUUGGGGCUUGAAGUUCGAAAAAGACAUUCGAAUGCUUCGGGGCAUUCAGAAGUUAAUUAUUCGGACGCCCUUGGUACUUCAGGAGUGUUGUUUCGGUUUCAGAAUGACCCUGUCGUCCUUGCAUUGCGUGUUCCCAUCAUUGACGUGAAUGGUGACAAAUUGAUUUUUCGUGGCAUUUAUGGUUCACCAAAUGAGUUACUGGUUGGAAGUCUUGACUCCCGCGCGGUUGUUCUCAAGCGAUUGCAGCUGUCGAAGCGAAAUGAUAUUAGCGCUGUCGAACGCCUUGCUCGUGAAAUUUGCGUUGCUGCUAGAUUAGAGCACCCUAACAUCGUUAACAUAGUGGGAAUUGCCUGGGACUCUUUUCAGAAUCUCGUGGCAAUCUGGGAGUAUCAUCGCAGUGGUGACUUACGGCGUGCACUGCAAAGUGAGAAAAAGGCUCGAGACUGGACGUGGACCCAACAAAAACUGCAGAUUGCCGUGGGGAUACUGCGAGGUUUGUCGUUUCUUCACGCACAGUCACCCCCGAUUAUCCAUGGUGCAAUUGAACCACGCCACAUUUUGCUAGAUUCAGCAACAGGAGGGCCGGCGCUUUGUGGAUUUGGUUGCUGUGCUGGUCGAGCUUCUAGUGCUAAUUGCGAAGACAGCUCUACAGGCAGUCAAGCUGAUGCAGGUAGCAUCUGGAGUAGCCCGGAAGUCUUGACAGAUGGCGAUUUUUCUGAGAAGUCGGACGUCUAUUCAUUUGGCGUGAUGUUGGUGGCACUAGACACAGGUAAAGUGUUAGAAGAUGUUUCCAGUGAUGGCCUGCUGAAGUUGCUGACGCCGUUAUGCCCCGGAUUUAUUCGCGAGAUUGCACACGGCUGCCUCCAGAGUGAUCCGGUGGAACGUCCAAUGGUACAAGUGUUACUGCGUUACCUCGAAGAAGGUUCCAACUCAAGCUCUGUGACGAAAAAGCCCUGA